GCAGCCAUGGUCAGCCCCACCGUGUUCUUCGACAUUGCGGCCAAUGGCGAGCCCUUGGGCCGCGUCUCCUUCCAGCUGUUUGCAGACAAAGUUCCAAAGACAGCAGAAAACUUCCAUGCUCUGGGCGAGAAAGGAUUUGGAUAUAAGGGUUCUUCCGUUCACAGGAUUAUUCCAGGAUUCAUGUGCCAGGGUGGUGACUUCACACGCCAUAAUGGCACUGGCGGCAGAUCCAUCUACGAAGAAAAAUUUGAGGAUGAGAACUUCAUCCUGAAGCAUACAGGUCCUGGCAUCUUGUCCAUGGCAAAUGCUGGACCAAACACAAACGGUUCCCAGUUUUUUAUCUGCACCACCAAGACUGAGUGGCUGGGUGGCAAACAUGUGGUCUUUGGGAAGGUGAAAGAAGGCAUGAACAUUGUGGAAGCCAUGGAGCGUUUUGGGUCCAGGAAUGGCAAGACCAGCAAGAAGAUCACCAUUUCCGACUGUGGACAACUCUAA